CUUUCUCAGGUGCUGUACAUCCAGGCCUUUGUGCUCAUCUUCCUGCUCGGGAAGUUCAUGCGCAAAGUCUUCUUCGGACAGCUCCGCGCCGCUGAGAUGGAGCACCUGAUUGAGCGCUCCUGGUAUGCAGUGACAGAGACCUGUCUUGCCUUCACCGUUUUCAGGGAUGAUUUCUCUCCUCGCUUCGUGGGGCUCUUCACCCUCCUCCUCUUCCUCAAGUGCUUCCACUGGCUGGCGGAGGACCGCGUUGACUUCAUGGAGAGGAGCCCGAACAUAUCCUUCCUGUUCCAUUUCAGGGUUGCCACUCUGUUGGCCCUGCUCGCCACGCUGGACUUUGUGUUCGUGACUCACGCCUGUCACAGCAUCAUGACUCGGGGAGCCUCGGUGCAGCUCGUCUUCGGAUUCGAGUAUGCUAUCCUGAUGACGAUGGUACUGACAACUUUCAUCAAGUAUUUCCUGCACACCCUCGACCUGCAGAACGACAACCCGUGGGAGAACAAGGCCGUGUACAUGCUGUACACUGAGCUGUUCACAGGGUUCAUCAAGGUGCUUCUCUACAUGGCCUUCAUGACGAUCAUGAUCAAGGUGCACACCUUCCCUCUCUUCGCUAUCCGGCCCAUGUACCUGGCCAUGAGGCAGUUCAAGAAAGCCGUGACGGACGCGGUCAUGUCAAGAAGAGCGAUUCGCAACAUGAACACGCUGUACCCGGAUGCCACGCCGGAGGAGCUGCAGGCCACGGAUAACGUCUGCAUCAUCUGCAGGGAGGAGAUGGUGACGGGAGCCAAGAGGCUGCCCUGCAACCACAUCUUCCACUGCAGUUGCCUGCGUUCCUGGUUCCAGCGCCAGCAGACCUGCCCCACGUGUCGGAUGGACGUGCUUCGCGCCACGCUGCCCAAUCAGACGCAGGCUCCGCCCCCUGCGCAGCAGCCAGUCCCGCCCCCUCCCCAGCACCAACCUGCACCCCCGCCAGCCAACAUGCCUCAGGGAAUGAUGCCUCCCUUCCCUCCUGGGAUGUUUCCUUUCUGGGGACCGUUCCCUGCUGUGGCCCCUCCUGCAGCACCCCCCAGCGCAGUGCAGACGCCCCCCGAGACCACCCAGCCUUCCGGAGCAGCUCCCAGUACCUCUCGGCCCAGCCAAGCUGGGCAGGACACUCCUCCCAGCGCUGCUAUCCCAGGGUUCCCCUUCUCCUUCCCUCCUCCCUUCCCAUCAGCCCCCUGGAUGGGCAUGCCGCCGCCCCCCCCCUUCGGGAUGUCUGUGCCGCUGCCCCCUGCUGGUUUCUCCGGUCUCUCUGAGGAGGAGCUGAGGUUGAUGGAGGGUCACGAGCGCAGGAACCUGGAGGCGCGUCUGCAGACUCUUCAAAACAUCCACACCCUGCUGGACGCGGCCAUGCUGCAGAUCAACCAGUACCUGAGCGUGCUGGCCAGCAUGGGCCCUCCCAGGCCCACGCCCCCCAGCACAGACCCAGCCGAGGGGUCUGAGCGCGAGACAUUGCCCCCUGCAGGAGCCUCCGGGAACACGACCGACGCCUCACACGUGGAGAGUGGCGGGGAGCUGGAAGGGGCUGUGGGGUUCACCCCCCCUCCCCCCGACUCCACCACUGUGGGAGAGGAGGAGGAGGAGGAGGAGGAAGGGGAGGGGGCACCGAGCACAGCUGAGCUGCGGAGGAGACGACUGCGCAAACUGGAGACCACGGUGCCCCCUGCUGAACACUGACACCUACUGCAGCGCAGCGUCGCGCUCUCGCUCUCCCAGGCAGCCCCAAACUCUGAGCUUUUCAUUCUCAGUUCUGCUGAUAAAGCUGUUUUAGUCGGUGAAGCAGACAGGCGUGUGUUGUUUUUUUUAUGUCCAGUUUCUUUGGUUUCAAGAUCUCAAAGCCGCUUGUCUGCAUUCAGCUCUCUGCGGAUUGAAAAGAAAUAUCUGACAGACUCUGAUAUACUGAGGUUUAGAGAAGCACUGGAAACUGGAGAGGAGAGCAGGGAGGGUAGGUUAAGACGAGGGUGGGAUAGAAAUAUAGGGGGGUAAGAAAUAUAAAUUAAGGGAGAGAGAGAAGGGGAGUGUGUCCCAGUCCCCCCCCCCCUGCUUUCACCUUACAAGGGUUCUGGGGGAGGUGAGAUUCCCCCCUAGUGCUGAUGUGUAUUUUUGGGGAGUGAUUUAAUUUCUGUAUUUGCAUUAUUUUGGAUGUCUUUGUUUUUUCAGUUUUUUUU